GGCACCUCGCCUUCCGCUCACUUUCAGUCUCGAGCGGGGGGAGGGGGGAAGGUUGGUCACAGAUUUCCUCCUCCUGACACUCUUUCCGAGCCACCCUUUGCUUUGAACGCCGCUCCUUCGCUUCUCUGGAGGUUACAAUGAAUGUUGAACAUGAAAUCAACCUGUUAGUUGAAGAAAUUCGGCGGCUGGGGACCAAAAAUCCUGAUGGGACAUUGAGUGUGAAGUUUGGAGUACUGUUUGCGGAUGAGAAAUGUGCCAACCUUUUUGAGGCUUUAGUGGGAACCCUGAAAGCUGCAAAACGACGAAAGAUACUUAGUUAUCCUGGUGAACUUCUUUUGCAAGGAGUUCAUGACAAUGUUGAUAUCUUGUUAUUGCAGGAUUAGUUGCUUUCCUAACAAAUGGCAUUUUCAUUAAGUAUAUGUAACUCAGAUCAAGGUGCAUUUGAUUGAAAGCGUAUCUUCCUGUUUAUCUUUAUAGAAUUAUAUAUAAAAAUUCUUUGAAGGCCUUUUAACAAAUUCUUUUCUGAAACUCUUGCCACAUAGGUUGUUGGGCUUUUUUGGGGUGGGUGGAAUUUGGGAAUUACAUUCUCACUUGUCUGAAAUGUUGUUAAACUUUGAGAAUUCCUUAAAAAUUAGCAAUAUUAACAACCUAUGAACCCUGCUACAAACUUCCAAAGAUGAGUUUGUGGGGAUUCGGUGAUUUCUCUGCAAGAAUGAAAAUUAUUCUGGCCAAAUGCAGCAUUCAAGCUGGUAGUUUCAUCUGAAACUGAAUAUUUGAUAUGGUCUUUAUACAAUGCUUGAAACAUAGAUUUCUCAUGUGACACUUUCUGAACUGUGAUACUUCAGAGGAACUGUGUAAAGUUAUAAAAGCAAUGGCAGACAGAGGAAUUAUUUUGCAUUUUUAGUGUAUUCUCAUUAAUGAAGGAGAUAAUGUUAUGGAAAUCAUUUCAAAGAAAAAAAUAAUGUUAAGAAAAAUGUGUCAUUAGCAUGUUAUUUUUCACUUAGUUGGUUACAAAGUGACCAAGGCAAAGUGUUUUGUCUUUUAUUGUUACAAACAUUUCUCCAGCAAUCGGCAAAUCAGACAUAAAUUAAAUUCUGAGGAAAUACUCAAAAAGAUAUUUUGAUAUUUUCUUUGGCAAUAUUUCAUUGCUAAAUGGGAGUCUUGCUGUUUGUCCAUCCAGUUUCACCUCCCACAAAUUUGAGAAUCUCAAAAGACCAUUUGUGUCUAACUCCUAUAAUAUUCCUUUUCUCAGGGUGAAGUUAGAAAGAGAAGUGGGAGGACAGUCCUUCUAUUCCUCAGAUUCUAGUUUCUCUAUAAGGUUCAUUACUUGAUGAUGAUGCCCUUCUGGGGAAUGGGUGUACCUUAAACAAACUGUGUACAUCACUUCAGAAAGCAUUAAAUAUUAUCCAAACUACUGUUAAGGCAAGUUCAUUCCUUUUCUAUUUGGUUUGAAAAAAAAAAUUGAACAGGAUGUUUGAAAUGCUCAUCUGAACCUUUUCUGGCAGGCAUCAGGGACUGAACACUUGAAAGAUAGAUUAUGACAUAAAAAGAGAAGAACAGGAAGAUUGCCUCAUAGAGGACAUGAACAUGCAAAGUUGGUAGAAUUGUACAAAUCUAUCUCACAGAGGUCCAUUCUUUUAGUUUUUUACAAGAUGAUUGAAGUGCACUUUUCAUUACUAUAAUUCAUCUAGGAAACUAGAAAAUCACCAAUUCUUUUUCCCACCCCUCUCCACUCCUACCCAAAAUACUUGAGAAUUAAAUGGCAACAAUGGUGUCAUAAAACAUUUUGUCUUUUAGCGCUUCUUAUUCUAUGCAUUGUAUUCUAUUCUUUGCAUGAUCCUUUUGUGUCUAAUUGAUUCAGUGGCUAGCUAGUCUUCCUUGGAAGUCCCUAAGGGGAUUCAAAGUAAAAUACUUCAUCAAUAAAUAAAAAUCUGGGAGUUAUUUUUAGCCAUUUCAUU